CAACUGCCCAUAACCAACUACACUUUCUGUCCCGCCAAAAACUUAUAAGACAGAAUUGUGUUUAUAUAGGCGGACACAGACUCCUUUUCCAUUGACAGCAAAUAGUAACCGGAAGUGUCACUAUGGAGACGUAGUAGCGCACAGUGUCACGUGCUGAAUUCCUAUUGGCCUAAACGGUUCUAAGUGUCGCUGAGCACACCUAUCACAUAAAGUCUUUCCCAUAGAUUUGACAGGCUCGUGGAGUUGGCCUAUCAGGAUGCUUGGAGGAGUCCGACCCGGAAGUGGUGGCCCUGUGAUGUGGUGGAGCACUGUGCUGCUGCUUCUCCGGCUCGGGUUGCACGCUCUGCUGGGUCUUGUCCUGCCUGGGGCGGCUACUGUGGUAGUACCGGGAGUCAAUGCUGUGUGUAGAGCCUCGUAUGGACCUUUUGUCCUGGGAGCCGGAGAUGAGUACGGCCGCCGCUACAGCUCUUUCCCUGUUGGGCUGCGUAAGGAAAUGCGUGAGAAGGCCCGUGGCAUGUUCUCAUUCGGCUAUGACAAUUACAUGACGUAUGCCUUCCCUGAGGAUGAGCUCAACCCCAUCCUGUGCCGGGGGCGUGGACCGGACCAUGGAGACCCUUCAAAUCUAAACAUCAAUGAUGUCCUUGGGAACUACUCCCUAACCCUGAUUGAUGCACUGGACACUUUAGCGGUGAUGGGCAAUGCCACUGAGUUUCACAGAGCUGUUCGCUUGGUGAUUGACACAGUUUCCUUUGACAAGAAUUCAACGGUGCAAGUGUUUGAGGCUACUAUUCGGAUUCUAGGCAGCUUACUGUCAGCCCACAUAAUCCUGACAGACACCAAGCAGCCCUUUGGCAACAUGACACUAAGUGGUUAUGAUAAUGAACUUCUUCAUAUGGCUCAUGACCUUGCAGUUAGGCUUCUCCCUGCAUUUGAGAACACCAAGACAGGGAUGCCUUAUCCUAGGGUUAAUCUGAAGAAGGGAGUCCCUCCAGAUAGCAGAAAUGAGACCUGCCCUGCCGGAGCUGGCUCGCUGCUUGUGGAGUUUGGAAUUCUAAGUCGGCUUUUGGGGGAUUCCACUUUUGAGUUGGUUGCUCGCCGUGCUGUCAGAGCCCUUUGGAGUCUACGAAGCAACAACACUGGCCUCCUUGGAAAUGUGGUGAACAUACAGACUGGACAGUGGGUUGGAAAACUAAGCGGCCUGGGAGCUGGGUUGGACUCCUUUUUUGAAUAUUUGCUCAAGUCCUACAUCCUGUUUGGAGAGGAUGAGGAUUUGGAAAUGUUUAAUGAGGCUUACAAAAGUAUCCAGAAUCACCUUCGCAGGGGGCGUGAAGCAUGUAAUGAAGGAGAAGGGGACCCGCCAUUGUAUGUGAAUGUUAACAUGCUUAAUGGGCAGCUCAUGAACACUUGGAUUGACUCACUUCAGGCUUUCUUCCCAGGACUACAGGUUCUAAAGGGUGAUAUUGAGGAUGCAAUUUGCCUGCAUGCAUUUUAUUAUGCCAUUUGGAAACGAUAUGGAGCUUUACCGGAAAGAUAUAACUGGCAACUGCAGGCCCCUGAUGUCUCCUUUUACCCUCUCAGGCCAGAGCUGGUAGAGUCCACAUAUCUUUUAUAUCAGGCCACUAAGAACCCCUUUUAUCUGCAUGUGGGAAUGGAUAUUCUGUUAAGCCUGGAGAAGCAUGCUAAGGCAAAGUGUGGAUAUGCAACUUUACACCAUGUUGUGGACAAGUCCCAAGAGGAUCGGAUGGAGAGCUUCUUCCUGAGUGAAACCUGCAAAUACCUUUACCUGCUCUUUGAUGAGGAUAACCCACUGCAUCAUGUUGGUAAUAAAUACCUUUUCACCACUGAGGGCCAUCUGAUCCCACUUGACUCGCGUUUGAGGGACACAUCAUGGCAGGACAUCUUUCAUCGUAAAAGCAAAGUGCAGCAAACUCAGGAGAAACUGUCGCAGACAAAGCUCCAAACUGGUAACUCCAGCUCAAAUUGUUAUAGGGUUCCAGAAGAGCGCAGGUUUGCGCUACCAUUGAAAAGUGUCUACAUGCGUCAGAUUGACCAAAUGGUUGGGCUUUUGUAACUUAUUUUGAAACCUGCUUGUGGAUCAAGGAAUCCAGCUAUUCUGGAACAAGGCAUCUGUUUUUUCCAUAAAACUGGAAUAUCUGCUGGAGAUUCUGCAGAUUGUCUGAAUUCAAGGCAAAAGUGGUGAGUGGGCAGAAGAACCUGCUCCUUGUCUAUUAUGCGAUAUUGCACAAAACGUUUUGGGAUACUCCUAGCAAACCCUCAGGGAUUUUGAAAGAAUAUACACCCCAGUAUGUGUCUUCCAAAGCUGCUCUUGUUUUUCAAUACCUUCCCCACGUCAGGACAAAUACAAAGGCAGAUUUCUCAUUGGCUGCUGAUGAAGAAAUGUUCGCUAUCCCCUAGCGAAUCACAGCUCUCUGGAGGAAUGACUUAACCAAGUGCAUUUUGUUGCUGCUUUGGGACUAGGGACAGUUCCCGUAGUCAAGUUACAUUUUGCCAAAAUAGUGUCUUAAGCCAAUUUUAUUGUCCAAAUUGUGGACUUGAAACUACGCUUGGACAGCCCUUUCUCCUCUCUGCAACUUCCUUUUAUUGGAUCAGUGCCUUAAAUAGAUUUUUUCUUUCUUUUUCCAGCAAAGGUCGGUGACACUUGCUCCUUAACAACUCAGCACCUUGCAAAUAAAUAAGUUACUCUUUU